GCAUAGGCAUAAAAAUGUCCACUCUCUCUUUAUUGCCCCCUUUUUUUUCUUCAAUUCUGCUUUCUGUCCAUAGUGGGAGACAGGCUCAAAAACAAGGCGCACACGUCGCACCUCUCUAUUGGAGGGUCGGCUAUCGGCUGUUGGGACAACCAACCCUACAGGCAACAGCCAACCCUCCAAUAGGGGGGAGCCAAAUAACCGACCCUCCAAUAGAGGGACGCCACGUGUGCACCCUAUUUUUUGCCCUGUCUCCGACUAUGGACGUUUGGCUUAUUCCUUUUUUCUUUCAUUUGAAACUUGAGAGUUGAGAAAAGAAUAUGGACUGUGACGCACUUUUCUUAAUAAUCAGGCGCGUCUAUUAAUUUUAUUCACCUAUCUAUUGCUAGUAAAUCACCUGCGCAAUACCCUCAAACACCAAAAAAGACCUGAAAAAUCAAAGCAAUCAAGAUUGAAUUCAACGGUCCCCACAUAAAACCUCAAGCAUCCAUGACCAUGGUAGAAUCCACCGUAGAACAAAAACUCUCAACCCCGCAACCACCGUUGCCGCCGUCUCCACCGUUACCACCACAACAGUCAUAUUCCUCCAUACUACUCAUAAAACUAAUGAGCAAAAGAAAAACAUGGGUAUUCCUAUUCAUAUCCGUUUACGCAAUUUUACUUUCCCUGUCUUGGGAGUUCCUAAAAUCUGUCCUUUCAAAGUACGAAUCAUCUUCUUCAAUUUCAACUGGUUUUGAAGCCCUUUAUGCAUCUGGGCUAUUGGGAAUUGCCUUUGGGAUUCUGUCGACGGUGGCUGCGUUGGCCGUGGCGGUGCCGGCCACCAUGGUGACGUGGAUCACUGUUCUUGUUCUUUUGACUUUCUGUGGGAAGCCCAGAAGGGAUCUGGUGGUUGAGGGCAAGAAAUUGACAGGCGAAAUCACUGGGUUUGUGAUUAAGAUUUUGAUCAAAGAAGGGAAUGUUGUUGCUGCAUUUUGUGCUGUUGUUGGGUAUUUUGCACUUGUUAGAAAGAGUAGGGAUUUUGAGUAAUGAUAUUUAUUGUAUUUUGUGCAAAUUUAUUUAAGUAAUUUAUGGUUA